GCUGUUGUUGGGUCAAUCUCUAUGGUUUUGCAACACCGCGGUCUAUUCGUCAGUCUUUCACACCGUUGACGAAGUUUUGACUAGAUUGACGAUUCUCCCAAAUUGAGAAAGGCGGUGGUUUAAUUCUAGGUGUUGUCUGCCUAAAAUAUUAUUGGAGUUCUUCUCGCUCACGAGAUUAUUAUAGCACAUUAUUAUAGCACGUAAUUGUUUUGGACUAAAAUAUAGAUUAUUACGCCACGUACUUGUUUUGGACUACAAGUACCACGGAUGUUUAAAAAAAUAAAGAUCUCGCUUGUAGUCGAAAACACGCGAGGGUGACACCGGUGCUCAAUGGUUGUUGUUAUUGGGAAAAUGGCGUCCAACGUAGAGGCCCCGGAAUCUUGGUACCUCGCCCUUCUCGGCUUUGCAGAACAUUUCCGUACCUCAAGUCCACCCAAAAUUCGUCUGUGUGUACAUUGUCUUCAAGCUGUUUUCCAGUUUAAACCUCCGCAAAGGGUUGAGGCAAGAACUCAUCUUCAACUAGGCUCGGUCCUCUAUCAUCAUACGAAGAACAGCGAGCUAGCGCGGAGCCACUUGGAGAAAGCGUGGUUCAUUUCACAACAAAUCCCACAGUUUGAAGAUGUUAAAUUUGAGGCUGCAAGUCUUUUAUCAGAACUCUACUGUCAGCAGGUACCGAAUCUGGUGGAUUCUGCAAAGCCUUUACUGCGAAAGGCAAUUCAGAUCUCACAGCAGACUCCCUAUUGGCACUGCCGCCUGCUGUUUCAACUGGCGCAACUGCACACCCUAGAGAAGGACCUUGUGUCUGCAUGUGACCUCCUGGGUGUCGGUGCUGAGUACGCCAGAGUGGUGGGCUCGGAAUAUACCAGAGCGUUGUUUCUCCUGAGUAAAGGAAUGCUCCUACUGAUGGAGAGGAAGCUGGGGGAGGUGCACCCUCUGCUCACUCUGUGUGGGACCAUCGUGGAGAACUGGCAGGGAAACCCCAUCCAGAAAGAGUCUCUCAGGGUCUUCUUUCUGGUGCUGCAGGUCACACACUACCUGGACGCUGGACAGGUGAAGAGUGUGAAGCCCUGUCUGAAGCAGCUGCAGCAGUGCAUCCAGACUAUCUCUACACUCCACGACGAUGAGAUCCUGCCCAGUAACCCGGCUGACCUCUUCCACUGGCUGCCCAAAGAGCACAUGUGUGUUCUCGUCUACCUGGUGACUGUCAUGCACUCCAUGCAAGCAGGGUAUUUGGAGAAGGCACAGAAAUACACAGACAAAGCACUCAUGCAGCUUGAGAAACUAAAAAUGCUGGACAGCAGUCCCAUCCUCUCCACUUUCCAGGUCAUUCUGCUGGAGCACAUCAUCAUGUGCCGGCUAGUCACUGGUCACAAGGCCACCGCAUUACAAGAGAUCUCCCAGGUCUGCCAACUGUGCCAACAGUCCCCCAGGUUAUUCACCAAUCACGCUGCCCAGCUUCACACUCUACUAGGCCUGUAUUGCAUAUCUGUCAACUGUAUGGACAAUGCAGAGGCACAGUUCACCGCCGCUUUGCGGCUAACCACACACCAGGAGCUGUGGGCGUUCAUUGUAACAAACCUGGCCAGCGUCUACAUCAGGGAAGGAAACAGACACCAGGAGCUCUACAGUCUCCUUGAGAGGAUAAACCCUGAUCACAACUUUCCUGUGAGCUCUCACUGUCUCCGCGCUGCAGCCUUCUACAUCCGAGGACUCUUGUCCUUUUUUCAAGGACGUUACAACGAGGCCAAACGGUUCCUUAGAGAAACUUUGAAGAUGUCCAACGCGGAGGACCUGAAUAGACUGACAGCCUGCUCACUUGUUCUGCUAGGCCAUAUAUUCUAUGUACUGGGAAACCACAGGGAGAGCAAUAACAUGGUGGUUCCAGCGAUGCAGCUGGCCAGCAAGAUCCCUGACAUGUCUGUCCAGCUGUGGUCCUCGGCCCUUUUAAAAGAUCUGAAUAAGGCCCUGGGAAACACCAUAGAUGCCCAUGAAGCAGCUCAGAUGCACCAGAACUUCUCGCAGCAGCUUCUCCAAGACCACAUCGCUGCCUGCAGCCUCCCCGAACACAACCUCAUCAGCUGGACGGACGGCCCACCACCUGGGCAGUUUCAAGCCCAGAACGGCCCAACAUCCAGCCUGGCCAGCCUGCUAUGAGCACCAGGCUCGUAACACAAGGGCUGCCUUCCUUCUGGCCUCAAAGAUGUCUAGAAUGGAACCAUAGUUUCUUUCUGUCUUAGGAAAAUUUGAGGGGGAGUGAAUGCAAUUACUCCUCAUGCAUGGAAGUUCCUGCUAUUGAUUUACUCUACACGUGUUGCUAACCAUCUGCUGAAGAUUUUCACAGCUUCAUUGUUUUGUACCAUCCUAUCCUCAUGAAUUAGUGUAGGUACAAUUGGCAUCACUUCUCAUGUAUUGAACCAGUAACAUGUUUUGUUUCAUGCUAAGUUUGGACAUGGAUCUGAAUGUUAAAUGGGUAGUGUUGUUGAGCUAAAGGGUUUGAAUUUCUUGCUGAAAGACUGCAAGCGAGAGUAGCGAAAUAAUUGAAUGUAUAAGUGCAAUUACUUAAUUGAACAGUAGAUGUCCCUGUUGAGUUUUUCUUUGAAAAACCUGCGUUGAGAGAUUUUGUCAUAUUUGGCCUGUCAUAGAUUAGCAAGAUGCAUCACAAACUCAUCUGUUUUCUGUACAUAUGACCUAUAGUUAAUUUAAGUUCCAUAGAUCAUGAAGUUGGACAUUUUAUGAACAUACAAGGAACCUCAGAUGAAAAGAAUCUAUGCUACCUUUUGUAAUAUUAGAAUUUGUCUUUAUAGUUCUAGUUAAGGGUUUUCUUGACAAUACAUUAUAUCGAUAUGCCACAUACGAAACCUUUAUUGUACAGUGACAUUUAGUCAAGUGUGUAAUGAAUUUUAAACUCUCCGAUGUAGUACUCCAACUAAAUGCUUUUUUAAGUAUUUAUGUCGAUCUUAAUGAGCAGACACAUCAGAAGCUUGAGUACUUGCCAUAUUCUAUUCAAUGCCUAUACUUUUAUUGCUUGUUUUAAUAAUUCUUAUGAGAAAAGUCAGAAUAAACAUGGUAUUUGCAACCAUCA